GUGUAUCCUUCUUUUCUCUUCCCAAUACUCUCCUCCGUCGAGCGCCAAAUUUGUGUCGGAGCAAACCCCGCCAGCGAUGCUGCUGUCAUCUCCCUCCCUAGAAAUCCCUCUGUUCCAACCUUAUCACAUCCUCCUCCACCCGCACCCUCUUCUCCCCACCAAGCGCACAGCAAGUUGCAGCACCUCUCAGAGGAGUAGCCGGCACAGCUUGCCGCUUAAAUCGUUACGUCUUCUCACCGAAAUCCCUUCUUUUGCCGCCGACGUCGAACCAAUCCCCGACUCUUUUUAUUCCGCCGCCCGUGACCCAGAUGACAGCUCGCGGGGUGCCGCCGUCGUUCGCAGGUUCGAUCACGGAACGCUUUCUUCCCUCCUCCUCUCGUGCUCCAACUUGAAGGCUGUCAAGUGCUUGCACGCGGCCGCCGUCAGGUCGUCCGAUGCCUCUGUUACGUUCGUCGUUAACAACCUGAUUAGUGCUUACGUGAGAUUCCGUGAGCUGGUCGCAGCCAGGAAGCUGUUCGAUGGAAUGCCCAGAAGGAAUGUCGUUUCUUGGACGGCCAUGAUCAGUGGGUGUCUUAAGAUGGGCCUUGACGACGAAGUUCUGCGUCUGUUCGAGGCACUGAUCGAAAGCCAUGUCGAGGCUAAUAGCUUGACGUAUGUUUGCUUGUUGAAGUCAUGUGGUAAUUUAUUGGAAUUUGAACUUGGGAGACAGAUUCAUUCUUGUGUUGUCAAAGGGAAUUGGAGCAACAAGAUUGUAGACAGCGCACUUGUGUACUUUUAUGCAGAGUGCGGUGAUCUUCUCGGUUCUUCUAGAGUGUUUGCUAGGAUGUCCUCCAAGGAUGUUGUUACUUGGACUACCAUGAUCACGGCUCACGUGCAACGUGGGCAUGGAUAUGAAGCAUUGUCGAUGUUUCAGGAGAUGCAGCACCUGGGUUUUUCUCCAAAUGAGUUCACUGUUUGUAGUAUCCUGAAGGCUUGUGGAGAACUGAAGGAGUUGAGGUUUGGGAAGCAGCUGCAUGGUGCUAUAGUGAAGAAAAAGUUCAAAGAAGAUGUGUAUGUUGGGAGUUCUCUGGUUAACAUGUAUGCAAGGUGUGAUGAGGUGUUGGAUGCUAGAACAGUCUUCGAUAUGAUGCCGAAGAGAAACACAAUCACAUGGACUUCGUUAAUAUCUGGUUAUUCACGUUGUGGCCUCGGAGAGGAGGCCAUUCUUUUAUUUCGAAGGAUGAAGAGGCGCCGUGUAUUUGCUAACAAUCUUACCGUCGUUAGUAUUCUUAGUGCUUGUGGUUCCAUAGGAUCUUUAUGUCUUGGAAAAGAAGUUCAUGCACAGAUAAUAAAGAAUUCCGACAUUGGAAACAUUCACAUUGGGAGCACGCUCAUUUGGUUCUAUUGUAAAUACGGGGAGUAUGCUUACGCUGCAAGAGUUUUAGAAGCUAUGCCAGCAAAAGAUGUCAUUUCAUGGACUGCAAUUAUCUCGGGUCUCACCAGUCUUGGCCAUGGCUCAGAGGCACUGGAAUUCUUGAAUGAUAUGUUAUUGGAAGGUGUGGAACCAAACCCCUUCACAUAUUCUUCUGCUUUAAAAGCCUGUUCGAAGCUGGAAGCUAUCACUUCUGGUAAAUGGCUCCAUGCCUGUGUGAGUAAGACCAGCAGUCUGUCAAAUGUGUUUGUGGGCAGUGCACUGAUUGAUAUGUACAUGAGGUGUGGCUGCACUUCAGAUGCUUUGAGAGUCUUUGAUACCAUGCAAGAACGGAAUCUGGUUUCUUGGAAGAUGAUGGUCAUUGGUUAUGCUAAAAACGGGCUUUGCCAGGAAGCUUUAAAGUUUAUGUACCGAAUGCAAGAAGAGGGAUUAUACAUAGAUGAUUAUGUCCUUGCGACAGUUUUUGGCGCAUGUGGAGAUGUCAAGUGGCAAUUAGAAAGCCCUCCAACUUCUUGCAUAGUGUCAAGUUGAUUUUCCGUGUAGCUGAGAAUGCCACGAUAAGCUGCACAAUCAUAAGAAACAUGAUGGCUCUCUCUGAAAGGAUAGAGUGCAUGUGCAGAAAUUAUCUCGGAAUCAUUUUGGCACAACACUAUGAUGUUGAAUACCCAGAGAUGCACUGACUGGUUAUCCAUGCAAGCUGGGGCAAGGAGACGACAUCAAGUCGAACUAGAUCUUGCGGUACUCCAGGUCUUGAUAUAGUAUAUUGUGUAAUUGUUUAUCAUGUGUGAGGAUCCAGCUAACUACAGUAAGCUUUGUUUUCAUGAAAAAUGUGUACAUGAAACAGUACAAGUUUUUAUUCUGGAACCAUGAUCAGAGUAGGAGAUGCAAGUGUCGCGAUCUUGAUGUUCCUCAGAGACUUGAUAUUCCGGUGAUAUAAGCUUUUGUAAUCCGAAUGCCAUUCCAUUUGAAUAUAAUUCUUUUA